AAAUUUAGACCUAUGGUGGCAUCUGUUUUUGGUCAGAACAGAGAUCUACGGCCAGAAGAAAUUGAAGAGCUGAAGGAAGCCUUCAAGGAGUUCGACAGAGAUAAGGACGGCUUCAUCAGCUGUAAAGAUCUGGGCGAGUGCAUGAGGACGAUGGGAUACAUGCCUACAGAGAUGGAGCUGAUUGAGCUUAGUCAGCAGAUCUGUGGAGGCCGAGUGGACUUUGAUGACUUUGUGCAAUUAAUGGGGCCUAAAAUGUUGGCUGAGACAGCAGACAUGAUCGGAGUCAAAGAACUAAGAGAUGCAUUUAGAGAGUUUGACUCUAACGGUGAUGGUCAGAUUAGUCUGGCGGAAUUGAGGGAGGCCAUGAAAAAACUGAUGGGUCAGCAGUUGAACCAAAGAGAGAUCGAUGAGAUCCUCAGAGACGUGGACCUGAAUGGAGAUGGCUUAGUCGAUUUUGAGGAGUUUGUGCGGAUGAUGUCUCGCUAAACCCUACAAGUAAAGAAGAAAGAUCAGUAAAUCUGCUACAUCCUGCAAUAAACAGAGAAAUAU